AUGAUGAGGUUACUGAUUGCUGUAUUGUCAUCAACGCUGAUUGCUUGUUUGGUCACUACAGCUACUCCAGUUGUUCCCAGCGCGACUGCAAACCUUGGAUCUAGUUCCACAGCUAUUUACACUGCAACUGCAACUACUUAUCCCAACAUUUUGACAUUUGUUGAUUUAGAUGUAGACACGGUUAAUUGUGGUAGAUAUUCAAGGAAGAAAAAAACAGUAAUCAAAGAAUACGCAAAGAGGGUACAUACUUUCAAAGAAACAUAUGGAGAAUGCAAGUCGAUAACAGCAAAAAUUAUUGAUCAAACAACAGCGGUAGAAAAUUUGAAUGAAAGAAUCGAGCUAAUGUCGCCUGUAACUAUGCCAAGUGAUGGUGGCCCAGACUAUACGGAAACUCUGUCACUCAUUCAAGAUGGGAAUGAUGCUCUUGCAAACCUUGAAAGCCAGCAGAUAAUAUGCGAUAGACAACAUUAUUCUGAGUACGAGAAACUGCGUUUAGCUGAAGAAAGUCUUGCAAGAAAGUUUUUUGGUGGUUUCCGCGUCAAUUCUGGACUGGUUAGUGAGGAGCGCAUGAUGGACCUUUUAACAAGUCAGAUCUUUCUGAAUUGUUUUGGUAAAUUUCACAUUGACAUACCGAGUUCAUCAACAGACUCUGAGCGUGCCUCUACUAGUGGAACGCAAGGUUUAUCACAAUCUUAUGGUCCACCACCAUCGUAUGAAGUUGUAAUGAGGAAACCUAAACUCUAUAAAGUGAUUCAACAGAACCCGGAUGAUCAACUUCCAUCGUAUCAAGAUGUAGUGCGCAACCCUCAAAAGUUCCCCAAGGUCUUGGAAGAUCCUGAUGUUACCGAAUCGUCAUCGAUGAGUCCAUCUAUAGUUCAUCCUACUCAAACAUCAUCCAGUGUUCCAUCCAGUCAACAUACAGCUUCAUCCACUCUACGAAGAGUUUCAUCCAGAUUUGUACGGAAGGCUAAGUCAUUCUUGAGUCGACACUAA